CACUAGAACAGUAGGCUGCACUAGUAGAAAUCUCCUCCUCAUCUCUCCUCCUCAUCUGCUGUUCUACUGUGCCUCCAUACAGGCAGAAUGAUGAACUCUGCUUUUCUCAUUCUCAUUCUCAUUCUGACACCUGGAGCUGGCGUUGGAGAGGUGGAGUAUCCAUUGGACACGAUGGAGAUGUCAGUUGAUGAUCAGUACCAGGGCUGCACAACAAAUAUGUCACACUUGGUAGAGAAUACAUAUCUAAAAAAGGAACUUGAGAGAACAAAGAACUUCAGUGCAGCUUGGAGUGAAGGCCAGCAGUGGUGUUCCAGUAAUAAGAAAGGAGAUAAUUUGGGAGGAAUUAAUUACUGCACUGCCUUGUACGUGUAUACUCUACUUGACCCACCGAUAUAUAAAGCUUUCAAUACUGACACUCGUGGUGGGAAAACUCAAUACACAGGACAGACAUAUCAGUGGUAUUCUCUUCACUUUUUGUUGACACGUGCAGUACAAGUUCUGAAGGAUAGAGAGAGGGAAAAUGGAACUGAAUGCAGAUCAGUGUAUCGUGGUACAGGGGUUCCAUUUAAAAAAGAUGUUUUGAACAAAGAGAUUCGAUUAGGCUCAUUCACAUCCUCUUCCCUCAAACUCAACGUGACAAAGAGUUUUGGAAAUGUGUCGUGUUUUGAAAUCAACACAUGCCAUGGUGCCAACAUCACAGAGUAUUCUGCCAAUCCAGAUCAGGAAGAGGUACUGAUUCCUCCAUAUGAGACGUUUAACGUCUCUCAAGUCUCAGAGAAAAGAAACAAUCCUGGCCUGUGGUGCAACACUGUGUAUAAGCUGCAGAGCACUGGGAUCAAAAGCAACCUGAACUGUUCUGGGGUGUCAAAUCAGGCUUCAGGCAAAUCUCUGAUUUAUCACACAUAUGUGUUGCCAGUCAUGAUUUCAUUAUUUUCUUACUCUGAAAUACUAUGCUGAUCAUUUCCUUUUACCAACAUUUUAACCACUCAGUUUAUUUCAAAUCUUAAAAAUAUGGAGGUCAAAAUAUGAAAGGCCUAAUCAUUCACCUUUCUGAUAAUCCAGAACAUAAAGGUACCUGGAUGAUCUGUAUUUUUCUGAUAGUCUGUAACAUGCAGU